ACCUCACCUCCACCAACCCGCUGGCCGCAUCCCACUUCCAUUGGAACUUUUUACCACUGCCAACGACACCUAAAGAAAACAACCUUACACCAUUUCCCCUCUCCGACCAAACAGAGGAGCCGCAUAUACUCACAACCCAAAAAUCGAUCCCAUCUCCGCCUCCUUCUCCUCCUUCUGUCCCAAUAUUUCCUCUGUUGGAUAAUCUUCGACCGAAACUCUGUCUGGUCACUGAGCCGACGAGGCGGAAGCCUCUGACCCAAUAAACCGACAAACGAGUCAAAAAGCAACCGUCAACACGGCGUCUACCGAGCAUCAGCAAGUCCCCGCGACCGGCGGGGGCGCAAUUCCAGCAGCGCCUAAGUCGCCGAAUCAGAUAUCAACAUCCCCGACAACACCAACCUCUCCCCGCGGAAUGGCUGGCUUGACCCGCCCCAUCAUGCAGUCCAUGCCGGACACGCGCCAGCAGUCAUUCGAGGAGAUCUACGGGCCGCCCGAGAACUUCCUCGAGAUAGAGGUCCGCAAUCCGCGCACUCAUGGCACCUCACGUAACAUGUACACGGACUACGAGAUUGUGUGCCGGACCAACAUCCCGGCCUUCAAACUGCGCCAGUCGUCGGUACGACGGCGCUAUAGUGACUUUGAGUACUUCCGCGACAUCCUAGAACGUGAGAGUGCACGUGUCACUAUUCCUCCGCUCCCUGGCAAGGUGUUUACCAAUCGCUUCUCCGACGACGUAAUCGAGGGCCGACGCGCAGGGCUCGAAAAAUUCCUCAAGAUCGUUGUCGGUCACCCAUUGCUUCAGACUGGUAGCAAGGUCCUAGCUGCGUUUGUACAAGAUCCUAAUUGGGAUCGCAACGCUUGGUGACUGCGUCUUUUCGACUCGUUGAUGAUCAGUAAUAACGGGUCGCAAAUAUCCGGCGGUCGUCGUACGCCUAGAAAGCUUCGAAAACGGCCACCGAAGUCACUUCCGGAGACCCAUUUGCAGGGGGUAGCGUCGAAACGUAGUAGCUGGGAAACUGAGACGACAUUACGAUAAUCAUGAAAGGACGAACCAAAGGGGUUUAGUCGUUACCGUUGUGGUGAAUCUCGUGAGAUAAGAGAGAUGAAGGCUAUGAAUACAUUUUGCUUCGUGAUGCCGGCGUGGAUUUAGCUGACUUGAGACUAAGAGGUACGGUUCGUGGCUGUGGCCGUGGCCUUGUAAGAAAGAAAUAUUCAGAUUAUCCUCCUAGUGGUUUAUCAGGAGGUCAUUUUUCAAUACCUUCAAUUCUAUCGACAUUAUAUAUCAAACCUGUAGUUUCACUACCCCUACUAAUUAUAUCUGAAUUGGUUAGACAGGUUACAGAGAAUAAUGUCACGGAGACUGGAAUUUAUUCUUUAAAUCUUCGAUAUCCAUCUGUUUCCGCAAACAAAAUAAAGUGUUGUUCGUCGGAGUUUUCAAUUCUUACAUCUAAUGGGGGAACAGAAGCACGCAUAAUGAUUACAUAAGCGUCCAUCUUCGGGGAUUCAAG